UCCCGGUUCCCAUUGUCUCCCCCUUUUUCCACUUCUUCUUCAAGACAAACCCCGAGACCAGAAACUCAGCGUCAGACGUCAUUUGGCUCCGAUCCGCUUUUUUUUUUUGUUGCGCGUCACGUUUUGGAGACUUACUUCGACCGGGGGAUUUGACAUCGCUCCAUUCUGCGCGGAAUUUGGACAUCCGUGUGUUUUUUUUGUUGUUGUUGCUUUUGGGUUUAUUAUCGUGGAAGUGCCUUUAUCACAACGAAGAAGGCUGGUGGGGGAUCAACCAUCGGAUCACGCUUCUGAGAAAAGAAUAAAAUAAAAUACAAAAAAAAAAAAAAAAAAACCCUUGUAGUGGACCAGAGGGGAGAUGAUCCUAAAAAGGGGGACUCAUUAGACAGAAAGAGCCCCAGAAAUCAUCUUCCAGGAGGCUGACAUAAAUCAGAAGACCCCAUCAACGCUCUCAGCCUCCACUGCCUGUCUGGAUAAGUCAGGGCAUUUAGGAGGAAAAAGUCGUGUGGAAAGAACACAGCGGCGUUUGGGUGAGGAUGUUGCCGUUACUUCCCCUGAGAUAAGAAGAGGAGAGGAGCUCGUUUCUGUCUCUGUUUGUGUGUGUGGGGAUCAUAAAUAAAUAAAUGCAAGGACCACUUUCACUUGUUUCCUCCACCUGGAAACAAAUUACCAUCACCAAAGCAGGCAAUCAAGUGUGGGGGGGUCUUUAAUCGGAUUAUUGAGCAAGAGAUCUGAGAGAUCCGUGGGAAUAUAUCCAGCCAGUUCCACCAUCUGUCUGGUGCUGUCCAGGAUUGUGCCAGUUCAGCAGGGAUAAAGAUGCGACUCAGUGAGAUGAGCCCCGAACGGAUUACCAAUCCUACAAGGUGAAGUCUGGAGAAGCCCAACCGACACAGUUGGAACAUUUUCUCACCGAAGAAAGGGGGGGAGCUUUUAUUUUGUUGGCCCUUGGAGAAGACCUGUUUGAUUUUUUUUAUUUGUCCUGCUAAAAUGCACAUUAACAGCCAGUUAUUAAAGAUAGAUGAUAAUGUGUUGUCUUGAAUUCUCCUAAAUCGUCCUAAAGGUCCUCUUUCCACAAUUGAUCCCUGACCUGGACCUGUGUGUGUGUUUUUUUUUUUAAUGAGACCCCUCAUCAGUCUUUCAUCUGAAUGAAGUGGUUGCUCUGAGCACCAAAGAGCACAGGGGCUGCGCUCCGCUCUCUGAGGCCGCGGAGCAGCGCCUCCACCUGGGGCUGCCAGACAGCCAGACGGGCCCCUCGCUGGAGGGGGUGGGCGUGGAGGUGAAGAAGAGACUUUGGGGAUUAUCUGGAGUUUCUGGACCUCUGCACAGGAGGAGGAAGUCAUGGGGUGUUGCAGCGGCAGGUGCACCCUGGCCUUCAUCUGCGGCAUGCAGCUGGUCAGCGUGUUGGAGCGUCAGGUCAUUGAUUUCCUGGGCUACCAGUGGGCUCCCAUCCUGACCAACUUCCUACACAUCAUCGUUGUCAUCCUGGGCCUGUUCGGCACCAUUCAGUUCCGACCCAAAUAUGUCACCGGAUACGCAGCCUGGCUCGUCAUCUGGAUGACCUGGAACGUUUUCAUCAUUUGUUUUUACCUGGAGGUUGGAGAUCUGUCCAGGGUAAGCAAACGCCGUUUUCCUCUCUCCUGUCAAAGUGUUUCUGCUGCACAUGCCCGGAAUCAGAACUGCUCUCAACGCGUUGCAGUGUUGCAUCAUUGUUACGUGACGCACUUCUGA